UGUCUCCCGGGGGAAACCGGACCGGAAGUGACGCGAAUGAGUUCCGGUUGGUCGGAGCCUAGCGGCGGGUGUGAGAAUCGGUCAGGAGCCGCUUCCAGGAUCCUGAGAUCCGGAGAAAGCAGGGUCUGAGCGGCUCCUCAAGAGUUACUGAUCUAUGAAAUGGCAGAGAAUGGAAAAAGUUGUGACCAGAGACAUGUAGCAAUGAACAAGGAGCAACAUAAUGGAAGUUUCACAGACCCUUCUUCAAUGAAUGAAAAGAAGAGGAGGGAUCGGGAAGAAAGGCAGAACAUUGUCCUGUGGAGACAGCCACUUAUUACCUUGCAGUAUUUUUUUCUGGAAAUCCUCGUAAUCUUGAAGGAAUGGACCUCAAAAUUAUGGCAUCGUCAAAGCAUUGUGGUGUCUUUUUUACUACUGCUUGCUGUGCUUAUAGCUACGUAUUAUGUUGAAGGAGCACAUCAGCAGUAUGUACGACGCAUAGAGAAACAAUUUCUUUUGUAUGCCUACUGGAUAGGCUUAGGAAUUUUGUCUUCUGUUGGGCUUGGAACAGGGCUGCACACCUUUCUGCUUUAUCUGGGUCCACAUAUAGCUUCAGUUACGUUAGCUGCUUACGAAUGUAAUUCAGUUAAUUUCCCUGAACCACCCUACCCUGAUCAGAUUAUUUGUCCAGAUGAAGAGAACAUUGAAGGAGCUAUUUCUUUGUGGAGCAUCAUCUCAAAAGUUAGGAUUGAGGCCUGCAUGUGGGGUAUUGGUACAGCAAUCGGAGAGCUACCUCCAUAUUUCAUGGCGAGGGCAGCUCGCCUCUCAGGUGCUGAACCAGAUGAUGAAGAAUAUCAGGAAUUUGAAGAGAUGCUGGAACAUGCAGAGACUGCGCAAGACUUUGCCUCCCGGGCUAAACUGGCAGUUCAAAACCUAGUACAGAAGGUUGGAUUUUUUGGAAUUUUGGCCUGUGCUUCAAUUCCAAAUCCUCUGUUUGAUCUGGCUGGAAUAACAUGUGGACACUUUCUUGUACCUUUCUGGACCUUCUUUGGUGCAACCCUGAUUGGAAAAGCAAUAAUUAAAAUGCAUAUCCAGAAAAUCUUUGUUAUAGUAACAUUCAGCAAACACAUAGUGGAGCAGAUGGUGGCUUUCAUAGGUGCUGUCCCCGGCAUAGGUCCUUCUCUGCAGAAGCCAUUCCAGGAAUACCUGGAAGCUCAGCGGCAAAAGCUUCACCACAAAAGUGAAAUGGGCACCCCACAGGGAGAAAACUGGUUGUCCUGGAUGUUUGAGAAGUUGGUCAUUGUCAUGGUGUGUUACUUCAUCCUGUCCAUCAUUAACUCCAUGGCACAAAGUUAUGCCAGACGAAUCCAGCAGCGGUUGAACUCAGAGGAAAAAACUAAAUAAGCAGAGAAAGUUUUUAACUGCAGGAAUUAGAAUGGAUGGGUCCUGCCUUACACUGGGAGGACUCCAAGCCAGGGAAGAAAAUUCCCUUUUCCAACCUGUAUCAAUUUUUAAAAAUUUCUUCCUGAAAUCAGUUUAGUCCAUACUUUGCACUGACAUACUCUUCCUUUGUGUGUUAAGGUAAGGUAUCCACCCUAAACUCAAUCCGAGUUGUAUUUUAUUAGGGUGGAGUGUGAUGCUCAGCAGCAAACUUAACAGAAACUGGCCUUCAGUUUGUUACUUUCAAAAGGCCCACAUAGUACAAUUAGAGAAUUCCCGCCAUCCAAAAAAAAAACUUCAUAAAUAUGUCAAGCUUUUUAGCUUGUCCAAAUGAUUGCUUUCUUAUUUCUAAUUCAUCAAAAUGUAUAUAAAUUACACUAGGUUGGAUAAGUCUUGCAUGUCUAUCAUGGUAAAAUUUAAUAUGCCAUCCUGCCCAACUCAUCCCCUCCUACCCUUAAAAAAGGCCAUUUUAUAAUGCAUUGCACACCCUCUGGGGAAACUGAUCUUUAAAUUUUGAGACAGUAUAAGGAAAAUCUGGUUGGUGUCUCACAAAUGAGCUGACGCCAUUUUUCAUUCUGUAUAUUUAGAAUGAAGUCAAGAAAAAACUUUAUAAAGACACCUUUGAUCAUUCCAAAAUUGUGUCCGUUUUCUUGAGCGUUUUGAUUUUUUACUUUUAGCUUCUACCAACUAAACAGCAGCCUUUCCCAAUCCACUUACCACCAGGAUUUCUUAAUCCUUCCUUUAUUUGCAUGUAAGAGCCAGCACCCUAGCAUCUUUUGUUAUGCUGGAAUCUGGCAGCUACACACUGCUGCAAUGGCAGCCUCUGGGAUUGGUCUAGAAUGGGAUUUCUUUGUUUCUGAAAACCAGAGAGGUGAUAAAGAGAAAAUCUUUUUUUAACCACAUUUUCUCAUAUCUGUGUUAAUUUUAGCUCAGCAUGUACUCUAAUUUUAAUAGAUACAGAAAUUUACUUUUGUAUGUAACCCAAUUUUCCUGCCUUAUGUGUUUUAUAAUUAUGUGUUGUGGUUUUUUUCCUUUGGGAUGUUACUGGUUGAACCUGGUCAUUUUUAUUUGCUUGGAAGGAAAAUAAACAAUUUCACUUUCUUCCUUUAGGAAAAUUGAUACCAACAUUGUGUUGAGAAUAGAAUUGGGUUUAAUCUCAAAAGGGCAGAAAUGCCUAAUUUGUUUUAUCAAAUCCUCCCUGAAUGUCUGCUUGUUUUGCCUACCGUCGUGACAUCUGCAUGGCUGUACCAUCUUGUCGGGUAGCUUAUCAGACUGAUGUUGACUGUUGAAUCUCAUGGCAACAGCAGUCGAUGGGCUGUCUGACAUUUUGGUAUCUUACAUCUGACCAUCCAUAUCAAAUGUUGUGCCCAUUUUUCAAACAUCACUUAGCAUCAUGGUUUAAGAUGAGUAGCUCUGGUCUUUAUGUUUAGUGGCACUGUGAGUCCUUUAUGUCACAAUAUUGUAGCAGUAUAGAAAGAGGACGGACUGUAUGGAAAAUUAGGAUAGUCUCCAUGACUCCAACAAAUAAAUAAAUGACAAAUAACCUGCCUUUUGUGAAAGGACAAGUAACCUGCCUUGUGGAUUUUUAAAAGGUUAUUGCUUUAACAAUCUUUUCUCCUCCCUUACCUCCCGCAGACUUUUUAGCAGUAUAACUGUUACUUGACCUAACUUGAAAAGCAGUAUCCAAGUGCUUUAUUUUAAAUAGAUUCACUUUAACCAAAAUAAUUUUUAGAUUUCUUAGAGUUCUUUAUUUAGUGUAAGUUUCUGAGUCAGCUUCUCGUUGUUGUGUUUCAUCUCUUUCACCUGCAUUUGGUGUUUGUCUGAAGAAAAAGAGGAAAGCAAGUAUGAAUUGUACUGUUUUCACUAAAUCUUUGGGAUUUACUGGUAAAUUUAUUUUAGGGUAGGGUAGGAGUAUUAGAGAAAGAAAAGCUUGGUUUCCGAGGCUGAAAGUCUUAAGUGAUCAAUGCAUUUGUCUUAUGAUGACCAUUUUUUCACUAUCUUUCAAAUGAAUUUGCUUUAAAAACAAAUGGAAGAGCAGCUGUCCUCCUUUCUUCCAUUAAGUGUCAGGUAAAUUCCAACUGGAGCAUGGUGGUAUCCUUCUAUUCUGGUUUUGGUUUUUUUGUUUUUAUGUGUCUGUUUUUUUCUUCUUCAUGUGAGCCCGCAGAUAUAUGUUGUUUAUUCCAGCUGAUGGGAGACCAGGAAAUUUGCUAAUGGAUGAUUUGACAUUACUGCAAAUAAAAAAAAGGGCCCGGGAAUCCUUCUGAUUUCAUCUCUA